CGCUUUCAAACUGUCAUCUGCCACACACCGUGAAUAAGCUGUUUCGGCAAAGUUCAUCAACGAGUGCGAUUCUGGAUUACAAUCGUGUUUAUUGGUUCAAAUAUUGUAGUAAUUAGGGUGUCUGAAAAUGGCAUCGGAGCGUUACAGCUUUUCGCUGACUACGUUCAGUCCUUCCGGGAAACUGGUCCAGAUUGAGUAUGCAUUGGCAGCGGUCGCUGCGGGGGCACCAUCUGUUGGUAUCAAGGCUUCAAAUGGGGUUGUGAUUGCCACCGAGAACAAGCAGAAAUCCAUUUUGUACGAUGAACACAGCGUUCACAAAGUUGAAUUGGUCACAAAACACAUUGGUAUGAUUUACUCCGGGAUGGGCCCGGAUUACAGACUACUGGUGAAACAAGCGCGCAAGAUCGCUCAGAACUAUUUCCUCACCUAUAGGGAACCGAUUCCUACUUCGCAGUUGGUGCAGAAAAUUGCCACUGUGAUGCAGGAAUAUACGCAAUCUGGUGGUGUGCGACCGUUUGGGGUUUCGCUGCUGAUUUGCGGCUGGGAUGAAGAUCGUCCUUAUCUUUUCCAGUGCGAUCCUUCAGGAGCAUACUUCGCCUGGAAGGCAACGGCCAUGGGCAAAAAUGCUAUAAAUGGCAAAACUUUUCUGGAGAAGCGAUACAGCGAAGACCUGGAGCUGGACGAUGCGGUCCAUACAGCGAUUUUGACUUUGAAGGAAGGGUUCGAGGGUCAAAUGACUGCUGAUAACAUCGAAGUUGGCAUUUGCGAUGCCAACGGUUUCCGCCGACUAGACCCAUCGGAUGUUAAGGAUUAUCUGGCUAAUAUUCCGUAAAUAAUAUAGUUUUGUCGAGAUAAAACAUAGUAACAAAUUUUGCUUGUAACUGUGUAACCCAUUGCGGAUAAAUAAUUACUUUUCUGGUAUUCAAUAAAUAAAAAGGUAUUCCGAU